UGGGGUGGGCGUCGUGGGCGGUGGCAGCACAAACAAGCAAACCUUCCAAUUUACUCCUCCCCACCUUCCCAUCCUCCUCCACCUCCUCCUUCCCCCCUUCCCCAAAUCUCAAAAUUCCCGAUUCCCGUCUCAACGAGCCCUCCUGCGCCGUACCAAAGCUCACGAGCACACGCCACGUGAUUCCGAUCCCGCUAGAGGAAUCCCGAGGCUCGGCUCGGCUCUGUCGCCGGCAUGCGGCGGGGCGGCGGCGCUGCGACGGCCGUUGCGGCUGCGGCGGAGGCGGAGGGGGACGCGGGGGCGCGGUUCCGCGGCGUGCGGAAGCGGCCGUGGGGCCGGUACGCGGCGGAGAUCCGCGACCCGGCCAAGAAGGCGCGGGUAUGGCUCGGCACCUUCAACUCCGCCGAGGACGCCGCCCGCGCCUACGACGCCGCUGCGCGCAUGCUGCGCGGGCCCAAGGCCAAGACCAACUUCCCCCUCUCCCUUCCCCACCACCGCCAACUGCCGCCCAGCUACUCGCCCUACCCCGUCGCCGCCGCCGCCGCUGUCCCGACGUCGAUCGCCGCGGCGGCGGCCAGGCCAGCCUGCAGCAGCCUGAGCUCCACCGUCGAGUCCUUCGGCGGCCCGCGGGCGCGGCCGGUGCUCCCGCCGCGGCCUCCGCCGCCGCCGAUCCUCGACGGCGACUGCCAUAGCGACUGCGGGUCCUCGGCCUCGGUGGUGGACGACGACUGUGCGGACGCCGCCGCCUCGCCGUCCUGCGGUCUCCUGCUCCCGUUCGACCUCAACCUGCCCCCGGAGUUUGGCGGCGUUGCAUGUAACGACGACGACGAGCUGAAGCUGACGGCGCUGCGGCUCUGAAGUCAGAACCACCCGGUGGUGGUUAGAGAAAAAGGAUAAGGAGAAAAAUAUUUGGUUCUUCCCUUCUCUCCAUAGCCAGCACGAUCCACCUCCACGCUGUUGUUGCUGUUGCUGUUUACGUGAUCUGAUGAUGAUUAAUAUGGCCUGAUCUACGAAUCGGCCUGCUUGUUGCCGCUGGUAGCGGUGAUUAUUGCCGACUACCGCCGGCAGCUCGCCGUGGUUGUUGUAAUAUAGCAACAUUUUACUUGCUUCCUCUUGUGUGGAAGUAGACACCUAAAGUAACUUAUUUUCUUUUGUAGCCACAUGUGUUACUGUUACUCAUUUAGGCUCAUUUGCUUCGAAUUGAGAACAAUGGAAAACAAAGUUUUGUUUA